UCCCGCUGCUGCCGAAAUCCCCGUCUUCGCAGGGUGCAUGCUUCUGGCAAGAUUGUGCAGUGUCUCAGUCCAUUUUCAGUGUGUCUUAUCUUAAUUUGUCCUGAUCCGAUCUAAGCGCGAUAGCCACCACUUGCUUUCAAUUUGUAGGAUUUUUUCCCCUUCUUGGUUUGCUCCGACUACCCUCGGAGUAUUUCCCUCUCUCCUUGCAUUUCCAGGGUUGCAAUUUACUUUGCCUUUUCUUCUCUCUCUUUUUUUUUUUUUUUAACCUCUCCGCUUUUGAAUUGCUUCAUGUUACUAACCAUUCCUAAAUUGUAAGAGAGAUUCAUUCCCCCUCCUCUUCCACCACCACCAGCACCACUACCACCAUCACCUCCUCCUCCUCCUCCUCCCCUUCUCUUCUCCUUUUUGGCAGCACCAGGACGUCCGGUGUGGUGGUGGCAGCGAGCAGCAAAAGCAGCAAGAGCUCGUUUUGAUUCCCCCCCUUCCAAGGUGCUUUGGAGAGACUGGUUUAAGGCUCAGCAGCAGAAGUCACGAUGAGUGCACAAGGUGAGGGACCCGGUCAGCCUUCCACUGCUGCCCAGGAGCAACCUGCAACCGCAGAGCCUCAGAAGAGAGGACGAGGCAGACCCAGGAAGCAACCACAAGAACCAACUGGUGAACCAUCUCCUAAAAGACCAAGAGGAAGACCCAAAGGAAGCAAAAACAAGAGUCCCUCUAAAGCAGCUCAGAAGAAAGCAGAAGCCACUGGUGAAAAGCGACCCAGAGGCCGGCCCAGAAAAUGGCCUCAACAAGUGGUUCAAAAGAAGCCUGCUCAGGAAGAGACUGAAGAAACGUCCUCACAAGAGUCUGCAGAGGAAGACUAGGAGACUGCACCAUGCAAUUUCUACCUCAUCAGCAGUUGGGUCUUUUGAAGGGAGAAGACACUGCCUUGACCACUUAUUUUCUAUUGCCAUGGUCUUUCCACUUUUGCCUGGGGGGAAAAAAAAAAAAACACAUAACCUUAAAAAGGAUCUGACUAAUUGUCUUGUUUGUAAUCCCUUCACAGUCCCAGGUUUAGUGAAAAACUGCUGUAACACAAAGGGGACACAGAUUAACGAUGCAACUUUUAAUUACUGUUUUCUUUUUUCUUAACCUACUAAUAGUUUGUUUGAGCUGCUAAGUAAGGGUGAAUGGGUCAAGAAGAGCUCCGAAUCAGGUUUAUAUCAUUCACUGCACUGCGUAUGAACAAGAAACUUGUAACCUAGUCAUUAUAAUGGGCAUUGAAAUACGAAAGGCUCAGUGUGUAAACGCUGAAGCCUUGCAACACUUCAGCAACCCAAUCCCUACUUAGUGAACUCCCUGUUUUAGAACACCAAAGAUAAGGGAUAGAUACUACUCUUUCUUUUUUUUGGUAACCUUCUUGUAGACUUGUACUUGACAUUUUUUUUUUUUUUUUUUUUAAGAUUUACUGUUAUUUCAGGAAAAAAUGAAAGCUGAUCUUUCACUUCAUUCAGCUGGUAAUCUGAAGAAAGAAAUCAAUAUGAAAAAGGUACUUUCAUUUUGCAAAAGGGAAGAAAGACAAAGAUACAUUGUAUAGUUACAGAUACAAACAUAUCAGCAGAAGCAGUAGUAAACAAAGCGAACAGCCCUUAUCUUCUGGACAACAGGAAGCCAGACGGAGUUGGCAUUCUGUAGAGCCAGGCCUUUUCUGUGGAAAGAGAAAUGACUGACACCAAACACUCUUAUGCCAUUAAUUACUACGUCUCUAUUGAGAAAAGUGUUUUCAAACAUACAGAAAGGUACCUCAAAAUUAAUUGUGAAUUUCUCUGAUCAAAAAUAAUCCAGAUGUUUUGCUUCAUUUUGACUAAUUGUACUCGCCCCGUACCAGAACUUCAAAAGAAUUGAAUCUCUCCUCAUUACUCAUCAGUCGUGAUGUAAGAACCAGCACCACGUACCUCAGCUAAGUUCAUGCAUUACUUUAAGCAAUAUAUUUUGACAUAGGAUGGUUCACUGAGCACCUCUGUGUCAGUGGCGUUUCUCCAUCUUUUCAUUCGAAGCAGCACUUUUAGCACCAGAUGCAAUAUUACCCCACUAUUCAAUACUACCUCUGAUUUUUUUACAAUUAACUCAACAGACUGAUAAAUACAUGCUGCUAUACACAUUCAAUGCAGGAAGUUUUUACUGGGUAAGAUAAUCAUGAGUAUCUGCAUUUUCCCCUUAUUUCUACUUCAACACUUAAUUGCAGUUAAGGAAGCAAUAUCUUUAUUGUGUUUCAGCAUGACUAUGUAUUUUUCUUUCUCUUGGUUUGUUUUCGGUUUUGUUUUGGUUUUUAAUGUACUUACCCUAUUCUCUGCUAGACUUCUGUGUAAUGUACUGUUAACUUGAAUAUAUUUUUGUACUGAAUUGCUGAUAGGUUUGUGAGGAUAAUUUUCUUCAAUGACACUACAUGACAUAGAAAAAAAUUUAGCUGUAAUGUUUAAAUAUUACUGUCCAAGUUUGUACCUCAAGUGAAUUGUUUAAAGAAAUGGACUAAUUGAUUGACAAAGACCUACCUCCAGACUUUAAAUGGAAUGAACUUGUUACUUUCAGCAUUAGUUUUGAGACGUUUGAAACAGUUAGGACUGCAACUAAUCCCUAAUUCAAAACUAUUUUUGUAAAAUAACUUGUUGAGAAUGAACACAUUUUAAAUUACUUUCAUAUUAAAAAAAAAAAAAAAAAGAACAAAAAAAAACCUUCAAAGAAACUUGAAGCUUUGUAGGUGGGAAGCAACAAGCUCAGCUUUUGCAUAAUGCAAUCACAAAUAUGUGUUUUAAAAAAAUUAGUAGAUUGUAAGAAAAUGCUUGACAAGUAUUUUCGUGUAUUUUACACAAAUGUGAUUUUUGUAAUAUGUUUCAGCCAGAUUUAUUUUAAAUGCUUCUUAUGUAGAGGUUUUUUAUUCUCUCUCUCACUCAUGUUGUUCUUUCUCUCUCUUUCCUCCUGCUUCGUUUUCUCUAUUAUUUCUGUUUUAUUUCCCUUCUUCCUCUCUUUCCUAGUCAGUACUUUGUACCAUUGUUUUAAUAACUGGGCCAGGGGUAGCUUCUCAGGAAGGCGUCUGUUGGGAUGGCUUUAGUACCGAGCCAACGAUAAGUUAGCAAUAACUACUUACUGCCUUCUUCCAAGAGGCAGUGUCAAGAAAUACGGACCUCCUCGACAGCCCGCAGAGGGUUCAGUGACGGUAAUCGCUGCGAAAGCGCUGAUUGGAGUGUUACAACCAGACACAUGAAGUGAAAGGGAAAUAAUCCUAGCUAUACGGUAGCUCCAACACACCAAAUCCCGUGUCACAUGAAGGCAGCAGAAGGAAUUCUGCUGCCUUCAAAGGGCAUGGAAUCAUGCCUUUGCAAGUCCCUUUUGGAGUUUGGGCUGUCUUUUUGCAUUUUUUUAAAACCACAGUAUUCGGUGGAUGACACAGAAAUAAUCUCUGGGUGUGUGUCACACUUCAACCUCCAAGAGACUUACCAGUCCGAUGAACUGAAUCUUGUAUUUUCUAUAUAUUGUAGUACAAUCAAAACACAUUACUACCUCUUAUGGCCUACUAUACCUCAUUUUUUCAGACUGAAAAAUUGCAUGUGGCCAUUGAAUCAGUAAGAACAUCAUAAAAUUUUUUAUAUAUAUAGUUUAUUUUUGUGGGAGAUAAAUUUUAUACGACUGUUCUUUGCUGUCAUUGGUCCUUGCUAACUAAGACUGGACAUUGAACUCUUCUACCAUUUCUGCAAGAGAGGUGUGUUUGCAGGAAAAAAAAUGCUUCAAGAUGUUUAACUACAGUUUACUUUUUCUUUUGAGUGUCUUCUAACUUUUUGCUUUGUUCUUUGUGUAGAGCUGCUGUCUAUGAUUGUACUUUGAAUCGCUUGCUUGUUGAAAAUGUUCCUUUAAUGGAUUAUCACAGUCUGUUCAGCACAAUAAACAUAAUAGCCUCUGUGAUCCCCAUGUUGUUUGAUUCCUAGACUUCUGUCACAGUUCCAUAAAAUGGGUAAUAAAGUUUGGUCACAGUGACCAAAUUUGUAAAA